AUGUCCGAAGAAGUGCAAUCCAAGAAUGGCGAAGCGAUUGAGGUUGGUGAUACAGUAGAAACUCCAUAUCGAGGCGGUAAGCAUGAAUUCCAGGUCGAUAAGGUCAUCAACGAUGAAGGAGAAGCUCGAGACGAAGGAGCAAAGGGUGCUAUUAAGCCUCCAGUAGUUGUUGGUGUUGAUCAAAACAACAAGAAAGUCAGUCACAAACCACAAACAGUGACCGAUGUAUCCAAGGGUUGA